AUGCCCUCGCGCGAGGUGACGCGCGUCCACGUCGACACACUCGAGCGCGCCAUGUUCGCCCUCGCGUUCUCCGCGACGUCCCGGGCGCUCCCGACGCGCGUCGCGAUCGAGCGACGGUCCCGUCGAGCGCCGACGACGCGCGCGUUGUUCGGGAAGAAGCCGGCGUCGGAACCCGCGCCCGCGGCGGGGAAGAGCCGGUUCAAUAAGCCGGCCAAGGCGACGGAGAAGCCGGCGAAGGGCGAACCGUACUUGGUCGACGGAAAGCUGUGGGUGUGCCAAGGGUGUGGAUACGUGUACGACGGCCAGCGAGGCGCCUGGGCGGAGGGUAAGCGAUGCCCGAUGUGCGGUGAGCGACGAUUCGCGCUGAAGGAUCCGCAGGAGUUGCAGGUUGCGAUUUACUCGCUCGUCGCGCUCGUCGGCUUGCUCGGCGUCCUGUACGGGCUCGUCACGCUCUUCUGA